CUUUAUGACAAAUUACCUUACCGUCACUUGCCGGUACUCUCUGGUCAGAACUGUGGUGUAGUUGAAAAAUGGCAAUUUGUGUGUUACGUAGUAUAACGAAUGUACAUAAACCAUUUAUUUUCCAAGAGCAUGCACCCCUGCAGAUCUCUCUACCCUUUUAGAGCAUCAAGAGUCAAUAUAGAAAGUGUUCUGCUGUCCUGAUGUGUAAAUGAGAAGAAUAAACUAUGUCUGUUCAAAGUACUGAUCUGUGUGUUGAAUUAUCUACCAUUUUGGUUAAAUGCCUCACAAGUGGUAGAACAGAUGAUGCAUUGUCUGCUAUUUACAAUGCUAAAUAUGAUCAGUGCUUGAAGGAUAGAAGCUUGGAUAUCAUACCCUCGAUAUCCAAAUUUCUCAUUCAAGAAACUAUUGAUAAUUCUCCUGAAGUGUUUGAUUGUUGUGAAACUUUACUAAAAGAAAUUGCACAAAAAGCCAAUCCAGAAGAAGCACUGUUAGAAUUCUUGGAACAAGCAGAAAAUUUAGAUGAUGAUGUAAAAUUCCUUGCAUUAUUAAAACCACUUCAAAUAGUACUGUUUAAGCUGCCAAACAGAAGAGGGCAAUCUCUCGAGUGGUGUUUGCACAUGAUUCGGUUUCAUGUUACAUCAUUGCCUGUCCCUAAAAGCCAUAGACUGGAGGGAGAAGAAAGGAAACUUCUGGAUUCAGAUCCUUGUAUUUGCCGCAUUACUAAUGUAUAUAAGGGAGUUUUGGAUUUUUACAAGCCUUUUGUUAAUGAAGUGUCACUUAGACAGAAAGCUGAAUAUCAGAAAAACACACAGAGAAAUAUGCUUGUAUGCUUUAUCUUCCAACUUUUGAGACAACCAUUAGCAAUCUUAGACUUGGAGUGUGAUGGGAAGUCAAGCAGUGCCACUAGGUUUGUGGCGGAAGAACUGUUGACUUUCUUGUCACACCUUGUGGGUGACCUUAUGAUUUUCCUUGAAUAUGCAGAAACAAGAGAGAUGGAAAAGUCAGGGAAGAAUGAAAACAACUUUGCCACCCAAAGUGAUGAUGAAAUUCCAAUUUUAUCUGUUGCUGUAUUGUAUUACCUUAUAUUAGGAGAACAUAUUCAACUGAAUGAAGUUCCAUGUGUAUAUUCUCCAUUGUAUAUCUUCCAGAGAAGCUUAUAUCUUGUUGUUGUUCUGCUGAAACAUCUGGAGGAGCUUGUUGUACGCAAAGGAUUACUACUGGCAAAUGCUAUACUAGCAAUGUUAUCAGAAGGCAGUGUUCCAUACACUUUAUUGGAAUCUCCUGUGCAUAAAGAAUUUGUGGAAUCACUUUCAAAAGUUAUGAUUUAUUGUGAUGUAGAAAAUUUUAGAAAGUAUGCAGUACCUUUGUUACGCAGUUACUUGUUUAAGUUUGAUGUCAAAGGUCAAUACUUAUUAAUGUCAAAUCUUCCAGCAGUUGUCAAUCAUGCGGGUAUCAUGGGAUAUUUGAUAAUGCUGCUUAAGGAUAUGAUUAUAAACACAUUGGACAGUGACUUAAUCUCACCUUUCUUCACUGGUAAGGCCCUGUAUGAUCUGAUUUCAGAAUAUUGCUCAUUGUCACAUGGGGUUGAAACUGAUCUCAUAGAAAAUGCAGAUCAGAUCAUUUCAGCUCUUAAUUUAAUUAGAUUCCUCUCCCUUCGUGACCAAAAGAAUAAAACUGGGAUGUGGGAUUAUGUUGGAGUUUUGGAGGAAUCUAUGCUUGAACCCCUCAGAGAAGGCAUCAAACUUUCAAGAGCACAUUACAAACUGAAGCUCAGAGACCUGGAAGAAGAGAAAAGGAAUGCUGUGUUGAAUGACAAAGGACGUAUUAGCAAAUCAGAUGUGACUAUAACAGUUGGAGGUCAACAGUUACCUAACUUACCAUAUGAAAAUAAAGUAGCAGUAAUUAUGUCUGCUCUGAAUGCAUUUGAUUUGAUGGAGAGUUUGUUGAGUCGUGUCAAUGAGUGUAUUGAUAGUGGUCCAUUGAAGUCAUGAAACUGUCAUCUCUCUGGGAAUAAAAACAUUACAUUAUUGAAAUCCUGUUCCUGCAAUGUACUUGUAAUUAUGGUAACAUGUCCCAUAAUCUGAAUAAUAAAUGUAUUUCUUAUGAAAAUUUUUA